AUGAGUUCGUUCAUUAGUCGAAAGGCUGCCAAUCGAUUGGGAUGGCCUAAAACACCUUGCUCGUUCGAAGUUAACGGACUCAAUUCGAUGCAAACGAAACUGAAUCAGGGGCAAAUAAGUUUCUCUAAGCAACCUCGUCAUCUGGAGUCACCGGUGUUUCAUUUGGAGGCUAUUAUCACAGAUCGGGUUUGCUCGGAUUUGCCCAGCACCCAAAUAGAUAUUUCUGCUUGGAAUUAUAUUAAAAAUUUGAAGUUAGCUGAUCCCAAAUUUAAUUGUAGUCAAUCGGUCGAUUUGUUAAUUGGUUGUAGUAUAUUUUCGAAGGUGUUGUUAGAGGGUAAAAUUGAAGGUAAACCGGGACAACCUGAUGCCCUAAAUACCGUUUUUGGAUAUAUUUUGUUGGGCCCAACUAGCACACCUAACCUUUCGUCGACGUCGCUUGUUUGUCUUUCAAAUGUGGAAGACUCGUUAGAUUCUUCGUUAAGGAAAUUUUGGGAACUGGAGAACAUAUCGGAAGAGCCAGUUUCAGAACCGGAAGACGUUCUGUGCGAAACCAUGUAUCGGGAAACACAUAGUCGGGACGUCUCGGGAAAAUAUGUUGUGUCUUUGCCUUUUCGUGAAUCGCCGCCUUGUUUAAAAGAUAGCUAUGAUGUUGCUUUGAACAGAUUUAUUUCGUUGGAACGUCGCUUGUUUCGUCAGCCGGGUUUGCAAAAGGAAUAUUCGUCCCAUAUGCAGGAGUAUAUUGAUUUAGGUCAUAUGCAAUUGGUUCCUGAGGGCGAAAAGACAAAGGGAAAGUAUUAUAUCCCACAUCAUUGUGUUGUUAAAUCGGAAAGUGUCUCUACUAAAAUUCGAGUGGUAUAUAAUGCGUCUCAGAAAAGUCCCAGACUUGGUAAAUCGUUGAAUGAUUAUUUAUUAGUCGGUCCUAAGCUACAACAGGACAUCGUCUCGCUUUUGUUAAAUUUUAGACUUAAUCGUUUUGCGUUGUGUGCAGAUAUUCGUCAGAUGUAUCGUAAUAUUUUAGUAGUUCCUGAGCAUACGGAUUAUCAACGUGUGUUAUGGAGAUUUUCUAGCUUUGAGGAGAUUCAGGAAUAUCGUUUGUUAACUGUCACUUUUGGAGUUGUAUCCUCGCCGUAUCUCGCUCUAAGAACUCUUCAACAACUAGUGUUGGACGAAGGCUCUCGUUUUCCUAAAGCCGCCUCGCUCGUUUGUAAUGCUUCGUAUAUUGAUGAUUUUGUUUUCGGUGCUUCGACGCUCGAAGAAGCACAAAGUUUAGUUGAAGAAUUAGUCGCUUUGUUGAAGUUAGGAGGCUUUGAGUUACGGAAAUGGUGUUCGAACGAACCCAACUUGUUGUCGCAAUUUCCUGAAUCGCAUAUUAAUCCUCAUUCUAUUAAUCUUGAUCCAGAAUCAAAUGGUCCUUCUUUAAAAAUCCUUGGUUUGAAGUAG